UUUACACCUAUUUAACCUUUCUUUCACAACCUACAUCGCCUAUCCAGCCGCUAGUAGCGAUUGGUUUAUGUGACAAUGUCUACUUCUCUACGAGGCACAGGCAACUUAUUCCAAGUGCCAGAAGUUUCGCAGGAAGAGAUAAGCUCUUUUCACGACGCGCACUUCUCUCUUGCAGCUACCAAACUCUUCAGUGCCCAAUUCUUCCAGCCGGAAAAUGCGCAAGAUGAGCAAGAUGAAAAUCAGUACUAUGAGGAAUAUGAAGAAUAUUACGAAGAAGAGGAUGACGGCUUAGGCUAUUAUCCAGAUGGUGUUAAACGCACGCUUACGGAUGAGCAAAUCGCUAUAUUUCGACAUUCUGAAAUUGAAGCCCUUCGCCGUGCUAAGACUAGAGCCGCUAAGCUCGGGGAGACGUCUACCGCACCGUCGCAAGCGGCCGAGGAAGACGAUUCCGCAUCUACCAGUAGACCUAAUCCUGAUUCGAUAGCACUAUCGUUACCCCCAAUACCAGAUGAGAGCCAUGAGAAAUACAAAGGGAAGGAAGAAGACGGGCAGGAUGGUAGCGAGGAUGGAGAAAUCGAAGAAGAGAUGCCUAAGCCUACCGAAGCUGAAGUCAAGCGAGAGAAAAGGCAACGCGCGAGACGAAAGAAGCAUGAGCAGCGCAAGUUCCAUCCCGAGAAGAAGCCCGAUUUACGGAAGAGAACAUGGGACGUAGUCGAGACUGGUAUGGACAGUCUGUACUACGAUGAUGAAACAGCCCAAGACACGGCUGCCACUCCCGCGGCACAGAGACGAAGAAUCUCAUACGACGACUGAAGACUGGCGGAAAGAAAAGAAUUUUCCAUAUUUCUCUGUGGUAUUCUAGUACCGAAAUAACUACUUGAUACGCGAUUGAUCCGUGGUUGAGUGAUACCUGGCCAGUGGGAAGACUUCGCAAUUACAAACAAAUGGGUUUGUAUUAAAGACUUUGUAACCACAUAUGCACCUAUAGUCAGUCUACUUACGGGGUGUC